CAAACAUAAUCCGAAUCUUAGUUAACAACCAUUGACUUUUCUGUCGUAUUAUGAAAACAAUGGAUGAGAAGGAAAAAUGGUUUCAAAAUCCCAAAGGCCCCUCUGCAGAUAUCUUGUUUCAUCUCUUUAUCUCUUUUUUCCCAUAUUAUUUUGAAUUCUUUCCUCUCUUUCUCUUUCUAUCUCAAGUUUUGAUCAAAAUUCACGAUUUUUUACUAGCUAGCGGGUAGUAUUAUGCAUAGAAUUAUAGGAAGCACUGUACCCAGAAUGUAUGACAAUUUCUGUAGCCGAGUCUGAAUCAAUAAUCAUUAUUUAAAAGAUUCAGAAGCACAAGAGUCAUUUUUCAACAUUUAAAGGGCAAAAUCGAUGGAAAUCAUUGUAUAAUUCUGUAUUUUACUCUUAUCCAUCUGCUUUGGACAUUUUUGCAAUAAAAUGUCUGUGGAGCAAAUGAAUACGGAUAGGAAUAAUGUUUCAGGUUUUUGCCUUUCUGAUCUAUUGCGUAUGGAAGCCUCUUCAAGCUGUAGCACUCUCACCAAUGACACAGACCAUGCUUCCUGCGGUCCGCAACAAAGGCUUGAAAAUAUAUUAUCUGAACCUGGAAAUGGAUUUUGUGCAGACUGUGGAUCUCCCGAUCCGAAAUGGGUAUCGUUGAGCCUUGGGGUUUUUGUAUGUAUUAAAUGUUCUGGAGUUCAUAGAAGCAUGGGAGUACACAUAACAAAGGUGUUGUCAGUUAAACUAGAUGAGUGGACAAAUGAUCAAGUUGAUGCCUUAGUAAGCAUGGGUGGGAAUACCACUCGAAACUUGAAGUAUGAAGCCUGUCUUCCGGACAACUAUAGAAAACCAAAACCAGAUUCAUCAAAUGAAGAGCGCUCUGAUUUCAUUAGGAGAAAAUAUGAGCUCCAUCAGUUUUCAAGCUCCGAUGAAGCGCUAUACUGCCCCUUGCCAUCGCCGUCAUCGUCGCCGUGCAGUCAAAGUCAAACAAGCUGUAGCUACAUUUCAUCAACGGAUCAUCGUCACAGGAGAAACUGUGAGAAACAGACGGCGACGUCGACGAAUCGUUUUAAUGGGUUGGGUCAUGCGUUUCGUAACAGCUGGCGGAGAACUUCGGAGCAGAAAUCAACUAAGAAAAGUAAUUCAAUGGCCGGUAUGGUUGAAUUUAUAGGAUUGAUAAAGGUGAAUGUGGUUAGAGGCACAAAUCUUGCAGUGCGAGAUAUGAUGACAAGUGAUCCUUAUGUCAUCCUUUCUUUGGGAAAUCAAUCAGUAAAGACACGGGUGAUAAAGAACAACCUCAACCCAGUAUGGAACGAAAAGCUAAUGUUGUCGAUACCAGAUAAUGUUCCUCCUCUGAAAUUGGUAACGUUAAUUAUUAUUCUUCUAUUUUCUACACUACUUUUAUGAUAUGCUCUUUUUCUUAAAAAAAAAAAAAGAUACCCAAUUUUUCUUUCAGAUUGUAUAUGACAAGGACACGUUUUCGACGGAUGAUUUCAUGGGGGAAGCUGAGAUAGACAUUCAACCCUUGGUCUCCGCUGCAAAGGCCUCGGAGACUUCCACUAUUCACGAGCCAGUCCAGAUUGGGACAUGGAAAGCAUGCAGAGAAAACACCCUUGUAAGAGAUGGCAUCAUUACCCUUGAAGGUGGGAAAGUGAAGCAAGUUAUAGCUCUUAAGCUGCAAAACGUUGAAAGGGGUAUUCUUGAGAUUGAACUCGAAUGUGUUCCUCUCACGCAAUAGUUAUGUGUUAAUCAACUAAAAAAGAACUGCUUAGCCAAAGACUACUUCAUGUUGGACAGCCCUAAAAUACCUUUGACACUGGAAACCUUCAUGUCUAUUAGUUUUCGGUUUCAUCCAUGCUGUUUGUAUUCUACUAUUUACACCUAUAGGCUAUAUAUGUAUAUAGAUAUAUGGGGUGUACGUUGAAAAAUUAUUGUAAAUCUCGGAAUGA